GAGUUAGUUGUGAUUUGUAAUAUUGAACAGUUAGGAAAAAUGCCAGUCUCUGAAUCUUUCUCUUGCACAUUUACUUACACAUUGGCUGUAGUGACGUCUCCUCAAGGUCAGACUGCUAUAUGUGACAGUGAAGGUAAAGGAACUCCUAAACGAAGUUUGGCUCUUGCAGCCACUGAUAAGAACUGUGUCCUAUCUCAUGUCUGCUUCACCCUCAAUGUGCAUUCUCUGCUAGGGAAUAUAGCUCAGCUGAGUUAUGUAGGACAAGAUGUUCACCGCAUCCCUCCCAUACUAUCGAAGUUAUAUGGUGAGCGAGUAUUUGAACUGGACCUGAGCUACAACUCACUUACAAAUCUGCAGGAGCUCGGUAACUUCCGUCACCUCACUCACCUUGUACUGGAUAACAAUCAGCUUGGAGACUCGCUGAUGUUGCCUCCCCUCUCCUCUCUGCAUACACUCUCGCUCAACAAAAAUAACAUCACAAACCUGGAUUUGUUAUUGACCAAGAUAGAGCACAAUACACCUAAUAUCAAGUACCUGAGCUUGUUGGGCAAUCUGGCGUGUCCAAACCAGUUGUCUGACCACAGCAAGGAUGACGAGGACUAUCAGCGGUACAGGUACUAUGUUCUCCAUCACCUGCCAAGGUUGCAGUUCCUGGAUUCCCGGCCUGUGUCUCAGGAGGAGAGGGAGGAGGCUCGACGCCGCGGGAGGUUCAUGAAGGUCAUCAGACCAGCUAUCACCAAUACAGAGAGACAGUGUGAUGAUGAUUGUUCCAGUUCAUACUCUCCACUUCCUCCAGCCAACAGGGAUGGAAGAGAACAUCAAGGCAUGUAUGGGAAAUGUAGAUUCCGAUAUGUUGGGAAACACUCUGAAGGGAACCGGUUCAUCCAGAACAACGAUUUGUAACUCUGUUUGGGUAAUUAAUGCAAGUAUUGUUUGUAAUAUAUGUAAAUGAUUAACCCUCAAUAUGGCAAACACCAGAUGUCUGACGUCAAAGACUACUUCUGGCUCUGGAACCGCUGGACAUCUGAUGUAAAACAAACAUUUGGGGAAUACUAUACUUUUAAUGUAGUUCUACUUUUUUAGUUUCAAUAUGAACAUUAUUGUUGCAGAACAAAAUCAAGCAAUCAAAGUCAAUUUGACUACAUUUUUAUAUUUUCUCUUUUUUAGGUAAUUAUAUCUGGUUUUGUAUUGCAGCAGCGGUAAGAGAGGUUUUGGUCAUAUAAAAUUCAACUUUGAAUAAGAUCAGUUAAGAGAAUUAUAGCUGACCAGAUAGUUUAUUAGGUAGUAACAACGCAAGUGAAGAUCCUUCAUAUACUAGUUUUAUCGUAUAUACUGUAAAUUAUAAAAAAAUUAAAUCUUCUAAAAGAAUUAACCAAACAUGGUUAAACAUUUUAUAAAUGUUCAUACAGGUGUACUUCUUCUGAAAAAAGGUCCAUAACUAUUUUAUUGGUAUUAGAGCUAUUAAACUAAUAACAAAAUGUGAAUGUCACAAUUAUGUUAAUCAUUUAUCUGUAAUUGAUUCUCAAAAACCAUUCAAGAUACAACAAAAUUACUUCUUAGAAUAAGUGUAGGAAGUAUUGUAAGCAUUCCAGAACACUUUUUUUCACUUGGUCCUUAUAUAACAGUGAUACAUUUUUAAAAGUCACGGCCACCAUAUUGGAACAAAAUGGUGUUCCAAGCUGGUGUUCUAGUAACUUACUAGAUAUUUACAAAAUCAAUUUUAGUAUCAAGUUUGAACUAGUUUGGGCUAUUUUUGGAAGCCGUGUUAUGUACUAUAUUUAUAUAAACUUAGAACAGAAGUGGUUUUGGGUUCUGGGAGGCAUCUUCAGUGAAGUUAUGUAGAAAUAAGUAAUAUAAAAAUGUAUCUUCUUUAUAUACUUUUCAUAACACCCUUACUUAUACAGGGUGACCACCGGGAACCGGACGUUUUUUUAAAUAAGCAUAAACCACUUAUUUUUUAACAUAAAACUUAUUUUAUUACAUAGAAAUGUUUGUAAUUACAUGCCAUUUAGGGAACAAUGUUACUUAUGGAAUAUAACGUCAAAUAGAUGGUGUCCAUUUUCUUAAAGGUUCCUAACCUUUUAAGAAAAUCCGCAUGUACACGUUCGAGAAGCUCUUGAUCAAUUGCUGCCACUUUUGUCUUGAUUGCAUCCUUUAGCUCUGCCAAGGUGCGAGGUUUGUUGUUGCAGACUUGUGAUUUGAGGUACCCCCACAAAAAAAGUCACAAGUCGUCAAGUCUGGUGACCUUGGGGCCACUGGAUGUCGCCGAAACGGGAAAUGAGCCUUCCUGGAAACAUCCGACGGACCACAGCCAUUGACAAGCGAGCAGUAUGCGGUGUGGCACCAUCUUGUUGAAAAUAAACGUGUUCAUUUCUGUCUAGACCUCUAGACAGGAUUUUGCUUGUUAACUUCUCCAUUUAAAUUAAAAUGUGCCUCAUCACUCAUAAUGAUUAUUGUGCUGUCAUUAUCUUCGAGCAACACUUGCAUGUGAACGGCGAAGUCCUCUCGCUGAGCGUAAUCUCUUUCCUAUAGCUUCUGAACAACACACAUUUUAUAGGGAUGAACUUUGCAAAAUUUUCCGCACUGAUUCACGCUUUAACCUUUGUUCACUUGCAUGUCUUCUUGCUGAACGACUUGGGCUCCGAAUGAGGGCUAGUCUCACCCUCUCGACGUUUUCCGGCGUCCUUACGGUCUUCCUUGGGCCAGGAGAUUUUUUCUUUAAAAUAACUCCUGUCGUUCUCAGAUUUUAAACCCACCUGAGAAUAGUAUUGCGGGUAGGAACCGUACCAUGGCGUCCAAGGUUGAAAUGAGUGCGAAAAAUCCGUUGUACCGUUGUAACAGAUUCGCCAUUUUGCACAAACGCGUCGUAUGCAAACAUGCGAUGCUCCACUGUCCACUGCUCCAUGGCUACUGAAAUGGCAUUGUAUAGCGAAGUCAUUCACCACACUCUCCCCCCUCUCCCAUCUUGGCUGAGCGUGUACUAGCAAUUCCAAAAACGUCCGGUUCCCGGCGGUCACCCUGUACAUUUCUACACAGGUAGUAAAACUGUUCAUAGGAGGACUUUAACAGUUUGAUUAUAUACAAGUUUAAAUUAAAUCAUAGUUUCUAGUUUUAGAAUUAAUACAAAGAUGGCAAAGUUAUGCUGUGGUUACAUUUAGUCAUAUAGAGUUCAAUCAAAAAAAAUAUAGUUUUAUUUUUAGAACUGUACAAAAUGUACAACGUUUAAGUUUAGAACCUCAUAUAGAAUUAAUGAUUCAGGUUGUGUGCCUUGAUGUUGUGAAAUAGUUGUCAAAAGAGCUUCCAAAAUUGGUUGAAGGUGUUUUUUAUUUAUAGUUUACAUACAUGUAGACCAAAUAAUAACGUAAUAAUAUCUAAAGGAAUGGAUAUUAAUUUACUGUAAAAAGAUAAAACCGAGUGAUAAUAUCUUGCCCGAUUAUUGUUUAGUACCAAUAAGCAAAUCAUAGAGCAUUGUUGGAUGUUUAUCUUUAAGUGAAAAUAGUUUUGUAUGAGGUACAGGUGAUGGUUAAAGAGAACGGUCUAGAAAUUAGAUCUAAAAGACUACAAAUAAAAAGCCCAUUUUAUUUUUAUUAACUAUAUAUUUAUUUUAUAUGUUAUAAUCACAUACAUUCACACUCACCAAGUGAAUGUAAAUGUAAAAUAAAUUGUGUAUACAGUUAAAUAUGAAUUAUACAAAUUUAGUUUUUACUUUUAAUAUGAUUAAGCAACAUCAUACUUCAUAAUAUGUAUAAUGUAGAUAUAAGUUUUUACAAAAAGAACAAAACUAAAAGAAUAAUUAAAUUCGAUAUAUUCACCUUAAAAAUGCACAAAAUGAAAUUAUAAGUAAAAGUUUAUUUUACUGUGUUUAUUUUCUUUUAGUUGGAGUGUUCCAAGGAAUUUUCAGUUAGGAAAUUACUCUCUUUGUUUAGCAUGUCAAGUCUGGGAUUAUCUAAUCAUAACUUAAGAAAUCUGUAUAGUUAUUUUAGACAAGGUUUAAUCUAGUUUUACAUUUUAUUAAAUAUACCAACAAAUAAUACAACAAUUAUACCAACAAAUUAUUUCGUAGUUAAUAAAGUAUAGAACAUUUAAUAUUUUAUGUAUUCAUUGUAGAUAAUAAAACCUAAGGAAAAAAGUACUUAAAAAAACAUCUAAUUCGUUCAACAAAAGUUUGUUCUGAUUUUUAUGUUGGUAUUUAGUUAAAAAAGUUGCUAAUCUUAGAGACUUUAUUUUUUUACCAAUUGUGACGGUGUAUAUUUUGUUGACUUUGGUAAUAAUUGUAUUUGUUAAACGAUUGAAGUAGCAGCAUUGGUAUGUUCAUUAUUAAAAGAAUUUAUUGAUUUUUGUAUGACUUUUUAGGUAUCUAAAAAUACUACUUUAUAUAUACAUUUUGGUAUCAGUUGAAAGUUCUUAUCGUGUGUUUAUGUUAUUGUUAUUAUUUUGCUGCUACUCUAGUUCCCUUUUUUGUUAUAUUAUUUUGUAGAACUUCUGUGACUUAAUUGGACUUUUGCCUGUUUUGUAGCGUAAAAAAUAAAUACUUAAAUAUUCAAAAUAUGCUCUUUGGCUUCCGAAGUUCCAAUGUUAAUCUUAUGGAAGUAUUUUUGUUUAGUUUAGAACACUGAUUGAUAAAAUACAUUUGUUGUUCAAGCAGUUACUCUCAAUAUACAUAAUAGGCUCACUAACUUUACUUAGUAUCAACCUAUUUUAAUUAUAACCUACACUUGUUACAUGUAAGAUAAAGAAUUGUAUAUUACAAGACUUUCAACAUUUAA